UACUUCCUCAUUACUGCAGUUUGUAUUAUUAAUUAACAUGAAGAUUACUAGUUGUACAUGUUUGUUGCCAAUAAUUUUGUUACUUACUGUUAUGAAAGUAUUGGGCGCUGUAGAUGACCCAUGUUCCAGUGGCAUCGACAAUAAGAUUGUUGCAGACAUGUGUACAGGCAAACAAGCAUUUGAAGACAAUGUUGACGGAAGGAAAUUGAUAGACAGUGUAAUUAUACGUGUAAUGAAGCAGAAAGCUAACUGUACAUGUCGUGUCAGUUUAAAAAAUAAUACAGGCAAAUACUCUGUACAAAUGAAAAGAUACAGAAGUCUGAAUAGUUCAGUUCCAUCGACUCCAAACUGUGGACUAGCUAUUGAUGUUGAUUAUACUGAUACAGUAUUGAAAAGAAAUCUGGACCCAAUUCAAUGUAAAAAUGGAACGAAAAAAACCCGAAAAAUUGUUCUAGAAAAAAAUGGUGUUAUUAAACUGAAAUCAAGAAUUAUUGGUGGUAAUUUUACCAGAGGAUACUGCAUGCAGAUAUUUAGAGAUGAUCCGGCGAAUGAUUCCAAUGUACAAUUAAACAUACAAUGUGAUGAUCCUGAACAGACAACUUCCACUGUAUCAAAGAAAGGAUUCAAUCAAGAGGAUGAAAAGUUAGAACUGUACAUAUAUAUAGGAGCCGGUGCAGGAGGAGUGCUUGUGAUUAUAACUAUUCUAUUGAUUAUACUUUGUAGAAGGAAAAAAUCGAAGAAGAAAACUAUAAAUGAAGAAUAUACUGUGAAUGACAGCAAUGAUCCUGAUUCUGAUAAUGGCGAACUAAAGGAUAAUAUUUUAUACGUUUCCUCAGAUCAACAAGAUAUUAUUGAGGACGGUAAUUACCAUAUGGUAGAUUUAGGACAGAAACGAGUAGUAAAUAAAAGUAGAAGUUCUGAUGUAGAACAUAGUACAGCUGACGGAAACUACAGUUCAAUAGGAACUACUGAUAACAGUCCAGAUAUCCAAAAUAAACCAAAGGCGGCAGUCAACUUCCGUGAAUCAGACAACCAAGCACAACAUAUAUCUAUCUUGGAAAAUAGCAAUAAUGAGUAUGCCGUGGUAGAUAAAGGGAGAAAAUCUGACAGUGUUAAACAUGCUUCUACUUUGGUAAGGAAUAGCAGCGAAAAAGACAAGGAAAUGUCUGUUAUACAUGUAGAUCAAACAUAUGCAGUGGUUGAUAAAACUAAUAGGAGAAAAGCUGAUGAAUGAAGACAAAACAAAAUGUGCAACAAACAGUACGAAUUACCAGAAAUUACCUUUUCUUAGAGAUGUCGGACAUGACUUCUAAUAAAUGCAGUCAGAAGUUCAAAUGAGUUUUCUAACAAGCGUCUGUUAAUACGUAACUGCAGACGAUAACUGAAAUAAAAUACCUGUAAACAUGCUUAGUGCCUAAUGCUUUGCAUGUUAUAAAGCCAUACUGUUUAAAUCUCUACACUAUAUUUUGUUCAAACUAUAAGGCAUUGCUUUGUCAUAUUUUCAAAUAUUUAAGAGAUUUACUAAUUUUUGUGGGUUUUUUUCAAAGGGGCACGCUAAGUAUACUUUUGUUUUAUUACUGACAUUUAAGGUAGUAAGCUACCAUCGUUAGUUGGAGAAAGUGAAAAAUAUCAACACGUCAUAAAUAAUAUACCACUUCUGUGUUGACAUGAAUAAUCAUUGAUAUGGUCAUAAUUAUAAAUUAACUGUUUAGUACAAAACUUUAAGUUUUUGAAUUACUAAGGCUUUUCUACCUACCUUAGCUAUAUUUGGCAAAACCUUAAGGAAUGCUCUUCAACUUUGUACUUUAUUUUGCUUUUUAGCUCUUUUUGGUCCGAGCGUCACUGAUGAGUCUUUUGUAGGCGAAACGCGUGUCUGGCGCAAAUACAAUCCUGGUAUCUAUGAUGAGUUUAUUUAUCAUAAGGCUUUUUUUAUCCAAUUCUUAUUUUUAUUAGUUUUUGCUCAAAAAUAUUUACAAAUUACUUUAAAAAGAAACUAGGCUUAUAAUUGUAUACACCAGAAGCAUGUGGAGCAGGAUCUGCUUACCCUUCCGGGGAGCCUCAGUUUUUGUUGGGUUUCCUGCUGCUAAGUUUUUAGUUUUCUAUGUUGUGGUUUUGUGCACCAUGAUUGUUUGUCAUUUUCCUUUUUAGCCAUGGCGCUGUCAUUUUUUUUUUUUUUUUUGACUUAUGAGUUUGAAUAUCCCUCUGGUAUCUUUAGCCUCUCUUUGGUCUACAAAUGACUCAUCAGUGAUGUUCGGAUCAAAAACUUAAAUAAGGCUAAUACUUAAUAUGCGAAGUCGAAGAGCUUCCAGGACUAUUAUGAAUUAUGAAUUAAAAACUAUAUCUACAAUCUGAUUUGGAAGGGCAGUUGCAAACUUUUAUAAGUUGAAUUAUCUAAUAAAAUGUACUUAAAAGACCAAGAAAAAGAAUAACGAGAAUUUGUAACACGUCAUAAGCCAUUGUCGAUGACGUUGCUUAGGGAAAUAGCUACUUUGUACAUGUUGGCUGUUCAAAAUCUGAGAUUUUAUGUAUAAACCUCUCCUGAUAUAUGAUGUUUUACAAAAGAAGAUUCCUUUUAUGUUUAGCCAAUGAGAAAACAGAAAUUUUAUAGUAAUAUAAUGAAUGUAUAUAGUAUGCAAUAUUGUUAUUAAAAUUUUAGCUUUGGUA